UGUGCCUUUAAUUAUACCAUACGUACAGUUAAUCAGAACAAUUAUUUAUUAUAAUCUGUCUAAACCAUUUAAUAUAUUUUUUACAGACACAGCCAGAGCACUGAGAGAUAUCAGGUAUUGAUGUAACUGGAGUGAAUAAGGGAACCUUCUUCCUGAGCACAGACAUUGGAGCCUGUUAUCAGCAUGAACUCAUAUGUGUUAGACAAUCACUUGAAUAGUUCAUACCCAUCCUUCACUACAGGAAGCAUCAGAAUGAUACCACAAACUCCAAAAGUUUUAGACACUAAUGACUAUUCACAGACAUUGGGGAUAUCAAAACAGAUAUUUAAAGGAGAUGGAGAAUUGGCAGGAACCGGGCAGCAAUCAUUAUGUACAGAGAGUAAUUUAGUCAUCAAACAAGAGGACAACAUUUAUGACUUAUCUAGUGAAAUGAUUAUCCCAGAGGAUAAACCACACACAUUUACUGAGUGUUCAAAACAUUUAAAAGAAGGGGAAAGUCUUAAGUCUAGCCAAAUGAUUCAUACAAAUAAGAAACCUUUCAAAUGUACAGAAUGUGAGAAAAGAUUCACAUGCAAUUUGCAUCUCCUUGAACACCACACAGUUCACACAGUUGUGAAACCUCACACGUGUACAGAAUGUGGGAGAUGUUUCACAUCUAAAGGAAGCCUUAAGUGUCACACAAAGACCCACACAGGGGAGAAACCUUUCACAUGUAAUGAGUGUGGGAGAUGUUUCACAUCCAAGGGAAAUCUCAUAUCUCAUGAAAAGACCCACACAGGGGAGAAACCUUUCACGUGUACAGAGUGUGGAAAAAGUUUUGCACAAAUAAAUAGUCUGAAAACUCAUGAAAUGAUUCACACAGGAAAAAAGCCUUUCACAUGUACAGAGUGUGGAAAAUGUUUUACACAAAUAAAUAGACUGAAAACUCAUGAAAUGAUUCACACAUUAGAAAAGCCUUUUACAUGUACAGAGUGUGGAAAAGGUUUUAAACAAAUAAAUUAUCUAAAAACUCAUGAAAGGAUUCACACAGGAGAAAAGCCUUUUACAUGUACAGAGUGUGGAAAAAGUUUUACACGAAUAAAUGAACUAAAAACUCAUGAAAGGAGUCACACAGGAGAAAAGCCGUUCACAUGUUCAGAGUGUGGAAAAAGUUUUACACAAAAGAGUAAUCUGAAAACUCAUGAAAGGAGUCACACAGGAGAAAAGCCUUUCACAUGUACAGAGUGUGGAAAAAGUUUUGCACAAAUAACUAGUCUGAACAUUCAUGAAAUGAUUCACACAGGAAAAAAGUAUUUCACAUGUACAGAGUGUGGAAAAUGUUUUACACAUAAGAGAUAUCUGAAAACUCAUGAAAUGAUUCACACAGGGGAAAAGCCUUUCACAUGUACAGAGUGUGGAAAAAGUUUUACACAUAAGAGAUAUCUGAAAACUCAUGAAAUGUUUCACACAGGGGAAAAGCCUUUCACGUGUACAGAGUGUGGAAAAGGUUUUACACAAAAGAGGGAUCUGAAAAUUCAUGAAAGGAGUCACAUGGGAGAAAAACCUUUCACAUGUACAGAGUGUGGAAAAAGUUUUAAACAAAUAAAUUAUCUAAAAACUCAUGAAAGGAUUCACACAGGGGAAAAGCCUUUUACAUGUACAGAGUGUGGAAAAAGUUUUACACAUGAGAGUUAUCUGAAAACUCAUGAAAGGAGUCACACAGGGGAAAAGCCUUUCACAUGUACAGAGUGUGGAAAAGGUUUUACACGAAUAAAUGAACUAAAAACUCAUGAAAGGAGUCACACAGGAGAAAAGCCGUUCACAUGUACAGAGUGUGGAAAAAGUUUUACACAAAAGAGUAAUCUGAAAACUCAUGAAAGGAUUCACACAGGGGAAAAGCCUUUCACAUGUACAGAGUGUGGAAAAAGUUUUGCACAAAUAACUAGUCUGAACACUCAUGAAAUGAUUCACACAGGAAAAAAGCCUUUCACAUGUACAGAGUGUGGAAAAUGUUUUACAUAUAUGAAUAAUCUGAAAACUCAUGAAAGGAGUCACACAGAAAAAAAGCCUUUCACAUGUACAGAGUGUGGAAAAAGUUUUACACAUAAGAGAUAUCUGAAAACUCAUGAAAUGAUUCACACAGGGGAAAAGCCUUUCACGUGUACAGAGUGUGGAAAAGGUUUUACACAAAAGAGGGAUCUGAAAACCCAUGAAAGGAGUCACACAGGAGAAAAACCUUUCACAUGUACAGAGUGUGGAAAAAGUUUUACACAAAUUAGUAAUCUGAAAACUCAUGAAAGGAGUCACACAGGGGAAAAGCCUUUCAUGUGUACAGAGUGUGGGAAAUGUUUUACACAAAAGAGUGAUCUGAAAACUCAUGAAAGGAGUCACACAGGGAAAAAACCUUUCAUGUGUACAGAGUGUGGGAAAUGUUUUACACAAAAGCGUAAUCUGAGAGAACAUGAAAGGAGUCACAAGGGAAGAAACCUUUCACAUGUUUAGAAAGUGGAAAAAAAAGGUUUUUAUAUACUUUAUAUACACAGUGUACAAACCUUUUUACAAUUAUCCUAAAGAGGACAAACUCUCUAAAUAGAAACAUAAAAAAGGAUCCUAUUGUAAAUAAUACUUUCUAAUCCCAGUUAUAAAACCCCCAGAUUGGAAGUGCUCUCCUGUUGUCCUUUGUUCCUCUAUAUAUGUGCACCUCAGUUUCUCUCAUAUCAAUGUGAUAGAAUCCAAACACCACACAGGAAUAUACAGAUCUGUCCUCAUACUGACCAGUUUACAUAACCAUUCACCACCAAAGCACCCCCAGUGUUGUUUAUUAAUAUGCCAGUGUUAGGAUUUGUACGUUUGUUUUACAUAGGGGAUGAAAUAAUUACAUUUACAGAAUAAAGGAGUCUUUAUAUGAAUAGAGUGUUAGAGAAUUAUAUAAACAAGAACAUCAGUCUCAAAUGAUUGACAUCUGGGAGAUAUAUUUAAUGUGCACAUCAUGUGGAUAAACCUUUUCUUAUAGCAAUAGAUGCUUAGCAUUGUGCAUGCUAUAUACCCGAGGAAUUACAUAGAAUGUGUCAUUUUAAGACACUUUAAACUUAACUUCUGUUAUCAAAUUUACUUUGUUCUCUUGGUAUCAUUUGCUAAAAAAGAAUAUGUACAUAUUCCCAGCAGCAGAAAGUUACUACUGGGAGCUGACUGCUGAUUGGUGGCUACACACAUGACUCUUGCCAUUGGCUCACCAGAUAUGCUCAGCUAGCUCCCAGUAGAACAUUGAUGCUGUAAAGCUGACUUCAACUAUGUGUUUAAUCUCUUUGCAGAAGUUAAAUCAUAGUUAUAUACAAUCAGUGGUACAAUAAUAAACUGAUCUAAUAUAUUUUUAUAGCCCUUUAAUUAAUAACAGAAAUAAUUAAUACAAAUUAUAUUCUAGGUAAUAAAUAUAGUUAGAUUUGUCACAAUGUUAUCUUCAUUAAAGGGACAGUCAAAAUUAAACUUUAAUGACUCAGAUAGGGCAUGCGAUUUUAAACAACUUUACAAUUGACUUUUAUCUAUAAAUUUGCUUUCACUGUUAGACAGUACCAGUUCAUGUGUAUCAUAUAGAUAACAUUGUGUUCACUCCCGUGAAGUUAUUUGGGAGUCUGCACUGAUUGGCUAAACUGUAUGUCUGUCAAAAGCACUCAGAUAAGGGGGCAAUCUGCAGAGGCUUAGAUACAGGCUAAUCAAAGAGGUAAAACAUAUUCUGUGUGUCACAGACGUACAGUGACUAAUAGUGCAAUAAACACAUAGAAAUAACUUCACUGACUCACUAUUUAAUGUCUAAUAGUAUUGUUAUAUCAGCUGUGUGCCGGAUAUUAUCUGUGUGUCACAAACGUACAGUGACUAAUAAUGCAAUAAACACAUAGAAAUAACUUCACUUACUCACUAUUUAAUGUCUAAUAGUAUUGUUAUAUCAGCUGUGUGUUGGGAUAUUAUCUGUGUGUCACAAACGUACAGUGACUAAUAAUGCAAUAAACACAUAGAAAUAACUUCACUCACUCACUAUUUAAUGUCUAAUAGUAUUGUUAUAUCAGCUGUGUGCCGGGAUAUUAUCUGUGUGUCACAGAUGUACAGUGACUAAUAAUGCAAUAAACACAUAGAGAUAACGUCAAUCAUUCACUAUUUAAUGUCUAAUAGUAUUGUUAUAUCAGCUGUGUACCGGGAUAUUAUCUAUGUGUCACAAACGUACAGUGACUAAUAAUGCAAUAAACACAUAGAGGUAACAUCACUGACUCAAUAUUUAAUGUCUAAUAUUAUUGUUAUAUCAGCGCCGGGAUAUUAUCUGUGUGUCACAGACGUACAGUGACUAAUAAUGCAAGAAACACAUAGAGGUAACUUCACUGACUCACUGUUUAAUGUCUAAUGUCUAAUAGUAUUGUUAUAUCAGCUGUGUGCCGGGAUAUUAUCUGUGUGUCACAAACGUACAGUGACUAAUAAUGCAAUAAACACAUAGAGUUAA